UUGUGCGUGUGCUGUUUUCAAAUCUAGCUCUAACCGAAGUUAAACAUUGUCCUGUCUGUACAAACAUGAGAGGACUGUAUGUAUAAGUACAUAACUACAGUGAUUUUAUUAAAUUGUAUGUGCAGAAAUCUAGUUUUUUUGGAAUGCAUCGACGCGGAGGCAGUAAGAAAGACCACCAAAACAAGCCCAGGAAGGAGGACAGUGAUAGCAGCAAGUAUGCGGAGCUCCUGGUUUUUGGCUAUGCCUGCAAGGUGUUCCGGGACGAUGAGAGGGCUAACUUCCAUGAAAAGGGCAAACACCUUAUCCCAUGGAUGGGGGACAAGAACAUCAUGAUUGAUAGGUAUGACGGGCGCGGUCACUUGCAUGACCUCUCUGACUACGAUGCGGACUCCUGGAACAGAGACUACCAGCUGUCGGAGGAGGAGGCCAGGAUCGAGGCCCUGUGCGAUGAGGAGCGCUACCUGGCCCUCUACACCGACCUGCUGGAGGAGGAGGCCCGGCAAGAGGAGGAGUACAAGCGACUUAGCGAGGCGCUGGCAGACGAAGGCACUUACACCGCGGUGGGCUAUCGGUACAGCGCAGACUACUACGACCCCUCACAGCCCACUGAAGAAGAGGAGGCCAACAAGGAGGCUGGAGCAGAAGCGGACGAUGCAGAGGAACCCUUUGUGGCACCCCCAGGCCUCAACAUCCCGUCUGAUAUGGAACUGCCGGCUACGAUAAAGACGCACGCCAUCAUCGAGCGCACGGCCAACUUCGUGAGCAAGCAGGGCGCCCAGUUCGAGGUUGUGCUGAAGUUCAAGCAAGCAAAGAACUCGCAGUUCGACUUCCUGCGUUUCGACCACUACCUGAACCCCUACUACAAACACAUCCUGAAGGCCAUGAAAGAGAACCGCUACACGCCCAUCUCUGAAAGCCAGCCAGCUCAGCAGCAGGAGGACGAGGACGACUCUGACGAUGAUGGCGAUGGAAGUUAUCUGCAUCCGAGCCUCAUGGCGCCUAAGAAGUGCUCCCGGCUGGAGGAACUGAUAAAGCCCCUGAGGGUCAUCGACCCAGACCACCCGCUGGCAGCGCUGGUCCGCAAAACCAAGCUGGAGAGGAAUGGGGCUGCUGCUGCUGCUGCUGCUGCUGCUGCUGCUGCUGCUGCUGCCGCUGCCACGGCUGUUGGCUCUCCUGCUGCUCCUGCUACCCCAGAGCCACCCCCCCAGCCUGAGGAGGAACCAGGCCCCCCUGUAGUCAUCUCUGCACCGCCUGUGCAGUACAACACUGACCCCAACGUCGCUGCUGCAAUGUAUUACGGGUAUUGCAUGCUCCCAGACGGCUCGUACUGCUUGGCACCCCCUCCUCCUCCGGGGAUCGACGCCACCAGCGCCGGCUACUACGGCACUCUGCCCCACCAUGCCAUGAUGCCCCCUCACCACCACCAGGCCUCCGUAGUGCCCCCGCCGCCAGGGACAACCCCGCCACCUCCCGACGCCAUGGCACUGGCCCCAGCUCCUCCUAUGCAUGUCCCGGCCCCUAUCCAUAUCCCUGCCCCAGCCCCUGCCCCUGUCCAUAUGCACGUCCCAGCACCAGCACCUGUUUCUGUUCCUGGUCCUCCCUUGCUGCCCGCUCCUGUGUCUGUGUCUGGCUCCAACUCGGUCUCAGCUCCACCUCAGCUGUCUCACCCCACCACCCAGGCUGGCAGCUCCUCCACAAGUGCCCAAGCCCAGGUUCUGGCCACCCCAGUCCCGGUGACUGCCACUACUACCUCAGCAGCGCAGGCAGCAUCCCCUCCACACCAAACCAUCAUCCCGCCACCUCCAGACAUCCAGCCCGUCAUCGACAAGUUGGCCGAGUAUGUGGCCCGCAACGGCGUCAAGUUUGAGGCCAGUGUCCGUGCCAAGAACGACCCUCGGUUUGAUUUUCUGCAGUCCUGGCACCAGUACUACACCUAUUACGAGUUUAAGAAGCACUACUUCAUGCGGAAAGAAGGCAGGAGUCUGCCAGAGACAGAGGAAGAGGAUGGACCUGCUAACGGUUCAUCUGACAAAGCGUCUAACGAGGGCAAAAUGAAAGCAUCCUUUGCCCCGAUUUCCUUCGCCAUCAAGUCCAAGGAGAACGACAUGCUGCCGCUGGAGAAGAACCGUGUGCGUCUGGACGACGACUCUGAUGAUGAGCGGGCCGUGGACGAGGACGAGGUGGAGGGGGCCGUGGCGUCAGCGCUAGCUGCUGCUGGGGUCACCACCUCCUGUGGCAGCCCGGCUCUUAGGGAACCCCCAGUGGCCCCACAACCCCCACCAGAGGAGAGGAAGCCCACUCUAACUCUGGAGGAGCUGGAGGCAAAACAAGCCAAGCAGAAGCUGGAGGCGCGUCUGGCUGCGGCGGCUCGUGAGAAGCUGGCCCAGGCCUCCAAGGAGUCCAAGGAGAAGCAGCUGCAGGCUGAGAGGAAGAGGAAGGCCGCCCUCUUCCUGCAGACGCUACGCAGCCCCGACGCAGACACCAGACACGCACAAGAGACACCAGCCGCUGCCCCAGAGCCUGAGGUCAUGCCCCUCAUGGCUGCCCCUGCCCCGCUCCCCCUGAUGUCAAGGGUGCCAAUUCUGCCCCCCGACUACCAAUCGGGUGAGCCCAUGCCACUACCAAGAGCCAAUGAGAUGUCAGCACAGGCCUUCUCCUCCUCCUCUUCCUCUGCCUCUGCCCUCAUCACCUCCUCCUCCGCUUCUGCCUCGCGGGGCUCGGAGAGGGAGCGAGACCGGGACCGGGACCGGGACAGGGAACGAGGGAAAGAGAGAGGAGAAAAGGAGAAAGAGAAGAAGAAGAAGAAGCACAAGAGGAGGUCGAGAUCCAGGUCGAGGUCGCGCUCCAAAUCCAAAUCUAAAUCCAAACACAGCCUGCCCAGCGCCUACAGACACCCCAGGUCUCAGUCCAGGUCUCCCAGCAGACGGGACAGGAGGGCGCGGUCACCUGACUGGCGGAGAGAGGAACGAGAACGUGAGCGACACGCUAGCGCCACCUAUCGCCUGGGGAGCAGCGCCGCCCUGGGCAAGAAGCGCUCUCGAUCCAGGUCUCCUCAUGAGAAGAAGAGGAAGAAGAAGAGCAGUUCCAGAUCUUCGGUGAUGAAGGCUGCGUCUCGUUCCCCGUCUGCCUCCCCCGAACGAGGAGGAGGAGAGAAGCAGCAGCAGCAGCCCAACACCCUCUCUGCCAGCCCCUCUCCCCCCACCAGCCCUACAUCCAGGGACGGCUCUCAGGAGAAAGACAAGCAGAUCACAUCAGCCAUCGUCUCAUCUGUCCAGUCCAAGAUCACUCAGGACCUGAUGGCUAAAGUGCGGGCCAUGCUGGCUGCCUCCAACAAGACUACCCUGCCCACCAACCCCUCCUGAGUGCUUGUGAAGGACGCUCUCUGCCUUACCUCCAGAAUGAGAACCAUUGACAACACUCUACACAUGCACAUUUAGACAUUCAAGUACAUAGACACACACACACACACACACACACACACACACACACACACACACACACACA